CCCGGGAGCUGGAGGAGGGGGUCCUGUUGCCCCAGGGGGUUUCUCCACGCCUUUUCGUGCCCCCCCCCAGCCACCCAGUCGGCCCAGUGGUACGCCUGGGGCCCCCCCAACAUGCAGUGCCGCCUCUGCGCCUCGUGCUGGAUCUACUGGAAGAAGUACGGGGGGCUGAAGACCCCCACGCAGCUGGAGGGGGCAGCGCGCAGCGCCUCGGAGCCUCACUCCCGCGGGCACCUGUCCCGCCCCGAGGCGCAGAGCCUCUCGCCCUACACCACGAGCGCCAGCCGGGCCAAGCUGCUGGCCAAGAACCGGCAGACGUUCCUGCUGCAGACCACCCGCCUCACCCGCCUGGCGCGCCGCCUCUGCCGCGACGUCCUGCAGCCGCGCCGCGCCGCCCGCCGCCCCUACGCCCCCAUCAACGCCAACGCCAUCAAGGCCGAGUGUAGGAACGGGGGGGGGGGGGGCACCCCCUGACUCCCCUCCUUCCCCUCCCCCCCAGCGGCGCAGGCCCCCCUGAAGCCGAAGACGCCCCGGGGCACCAAGACCCCCAUCAACCGCAACCAGCUGAGCCAGAGCCGGGGGCUGGCGGGGCUCGUGGGCAAGCGGGGCUACGAGGGGGCUGCUGAGGGCCACCGCCCCCCCCGGGUGGGGGCCUCAGGGGUCCCCUUCUCAGCCAACGGGCGGCCCUUGGCGGGGGGGCUGCGGGCCGGGCCCCCCCCCGCCAGCAAGCGCCAGAAGCUGAACCCCGCCGAUGCCCCCAACCCCGUCGUCUUUGUGGCCACCAAGGACACCAGGGCCCUGCGGAAGGCGCUGACCCACCUGGAGCUGCGCCGUGCCGCCCGUCGCCCCAACCUGCCCCUCAAGGUGAAGCCAGGGCUGCCCCUGCGGCCCGGGGGGGCCCUGGCGCCUCCCGCGCCCCCCCACCCUGCCAGCACCUCGGAGCCGAUCGUCCUCGAGGACUGACCCCCACCCCCCCUCCCUCGCCGC